CGCUAACCAAUCAGAGCCUCUGGGCUGGCCUGCCGGUCAGAAGAGCAGAAGGUUCCUCUGGGUGCCCUGCUGCAGGUUCCGCUCUGUAUCUGAGCAGGCUUAAGUGGUUCAGUGUGAUUUUCUCUGAGCGCUGGUGCUGGGUGCUGUGAGGAGAGCUCAGGGAAGCUUCACGCCAUGGAUCCAGUGACCUAUGACGAUGUGCAUGUGAACUUCACUCGGGAAGAGUGGGCUUUGUUGCGUCCCUCCCAGAAGAGUCUCUACAAAGAUGUGAUGCUGGAGACCUACAGGAACCUCUAUGCUAUAGGCUAUAAUUGGGAGAACCAACAUAUUGAAGGUCGUUGUCAAAGUUCUAGAAGAUGUGAAAGGCAUGAAAGACGUCACAGUGGAGAGAAAUCACCUGAAUAUACUCAAUGUGAUAAAUCCGUUAUGUGUCAGAGUCAUCCUCCUGGAGAAAAACCCUAUGAGGGUAUUCAAUAUGGUGAAGCCUUUGCACGUCUCCGUAGGCACCAAAGACAUAAAGGAAGACACCCUAAAGAAAAACCCUAUGUAUGUGACCAGUGUGGUAAAGACUUUCUAUGUCAUUGUAGUCUCCGAGUUCAAAAAAGGACACAGACUACAGAGAAUCCCUAUAAAUGUAACAACCAAAGUGAUAAGGCCUUUUCACAACUCAGUCAUCAUAGAAAACAUAAAAAAACAACUGCUGGAGAAAUACCUAAUGAAUGUAAUCACUGUGGUAAAACCUUUACAAGUCACAGUGCUCUUCAACAGCAUGAGCGAAUCCAUACAGGAGAGAAACCUUAUGAAUGUAAUCAAUGUGGUAAGGCCUUUGCACACCAUGGUCAUCUUCAAAGACAUAAAAGAACACAUACUGGAGAAAAACCUUAUGAAUGUAAGCACUGUGGUAAAGCCUUUGCAGUUCAUAAUACUCUUCAAAUCCAUGAGCGAACACAUACUGGAGAGAAACCUUAUGAAUGUAAUCAAUGUGGUAAAGCCUUUUCCCAACCAAGUAAUCUCCAAAUACAUAAAAGAAAGCAUACUGGAGAGAAACCCUAUGAAUGCAACCAAUGUGGUAAAGCCUUUGCAAGUCAUGGUAGUCUCCUAUAUCAUAAAAGGACGCAUACUGGAGAGAAACCCUAUGAAUGUAGUCAGUGUGGUAAAGCCUUUGCACAUCACAAUCAUCUUCAAAUACAUAAAAGAACUCAUACUGGAGAGAAACCCUAUGAAUGUAACCAAUGUGGUAAAGCCUUUGCACGAAACAGUCAUCUCCGAAUACAUAAAAGAACACACACUGGAGAGAAACCAUUUGAAUGUAGCCAAUGUGGGAAAGGCUUUGCAUGUCACAGUUAUCUUCAGAGGCAUGAAAGAAAUCAUCCCGGAGAGAAACCCUGUACAUAAAUUUAAUGUGUUGAAUCUUUUUCACAUUUCUAAAGUCUUCAUCAUCAUGAAAGAAUUAAUACUGGAGAGAAACCUUAUGAAUGUAGUUCUCAUUAUCCUGAAAAUACACUGGAGAGAAAUUCUGGGAGUGUAAGCAAUAUGGCAAAGCCUUUGU